AUGAAAACGAGCGAAUGGGGCAUUUUUAUUUUUUCCUUUUCCCGGCACGCGAAGGUCCUGUCUUGCGUUGUAGAUUGUGCAUUCAGUCUGGGGGCUCGCAGCAGUCGUGCGGCUGCGGCUUCGAUGUGCUCCUUCAUUCCGCUCCUCACCGGGAUGCAUUCAACCACGUUCUCUCCCGUGCUCUUUGCGAUGCUUGGCCUCACCUCUAGGCCAGAGGAAAGUUGGUGCCGUGGGGCAGCCAUAGUGUUCAGCGGGAUAGACGCACCCAUAUACGGAGAGAGGGAACGAGAGAAGUCUGCCGAUGCCUCCAAAACAGCAGGCGAAGAAGCAGCGGGUGCGUGUCACCAACAAGGCGCUCGAGGCGCGGCAGUUCUC